CCUGCGACACUUCCGCUUCAAAAAGCUCGGUGCUGUGUGGAGCGGACUGACUCGAGCUUACCAUCUCUAAUUAUUUCUUCUUGUUGACCUUCUUAGUUUCUCACAGCUUCGUAGCGGUAAUAGAGCGAAUCUGGUUUGAGUGUCAUGAAAGAAAUGUCAAGCAACAUGCCGGGAGGGCAGCAGCAGCCUCAGAAACACUAUGGCAUUACAUCUGCUAUUAGCCUUGCACCUCCAAGAGACAUAGACCACCAAUACACCAAGAAGCUCUGCGAUGCAAUGAAGCCAUUUGGAGUGUUUGAAGAUGAAGAGGAAUUAAAUCACAGACUUGCUGUUCUGGGAAAAUUGAAUAACUUUGUCAAAGAAUGGAUCGCAGAGAUCAGUGAAUUAAAGAACCUUCCACCCUCAGCUAUAAGCAGCGUUGGGGGCAAGAUAUUUACAUUUGGUUCAUAUCGUCUUGGGGUGCACACGAAAGGAGCUGAUAUUGAUGCCCUGUGUGUGGCUCCUCGUCAUGUAGAAAGGAGUGACUUUUUUCAAUCUUUCUUUGAAAAAUUUAAACAGCAUGAAGAGAUCAAGGACCUGAGGGCUGUCGAGGAUGCUUUUGUUCCUGUUAUAAAAUUAAAAUUUGAUGGAAUAGAGAUUGACCUUCUUUUUGCCAGACUGGCGUUACAAUCCAUUCCAGACAACCUUGACCUUCGGGGGGAUUCCAUCCUAAGAAAUCUAGACAUUCGUUGCAUUCGAAGUCUUAAUGGUUGUCGAGUGACUGAUGAAAUACUGUACUUAGUGCCAAACAAAGAAAACUUCAGGCUGACCUUGAGAGCCAUCAAACUUUGGGCGAAACGGCGCGGGAUCUAUUCCAACAUGCUGGGCUUCCUCGGUGGAGUGUCGUGGGCAAUGCUUGUAGCGAGGACUUGCCAACUCUACCCUAAUGCUGUUGCCGCCACUCUCGUCCACAAGUUCUUCUUAGUUUUUUCUAAAUGGGAAUGGCCGAAUCCUGUGCUUUUGAAACAACCCGAGGACAGCAACCUGAAUCUACCUGUAUGGGAUCCUAGAGUGAACCCAUCUGACCGAUAUCACCUGAUGCCAAUCAUCACCCCGGCCUACCCCCAGCAAAACUCCACAUACAACGUUUCCACAUCAACGCGCACCAUUAUGAGCGAGGAGUUUAAAUAUGGUCUCAGCGUCACAGAUGAGAUCCUUCAGGGAAAAGCUGAAUGGUCAAAGCUCUUUGAGCCGCCCAAUUUCUUCCAGAAAUACAAACAUUACAUCGUGCUGACCGCCAGUGCAUCCACAGAAGAAAAUCAUUUGGAAUGGAUCGGACUGGUUGAGUCAAAGAUUCGAGUUUUGGUGGGAAAUCUGGAGAGAAAUGAAUACAUUACCUUGGCACAUGUCAAUCCACAGUCCUUCCCUGGAUCCAAAGAGAACCGCAAUGAGAAUGACUUUGUGUCCAUGUGGUUCAUUGGCAUCAUUUUCAAGAAGGUGGAGAAUGCUGACAGUGUUAACAUUGAUCUUACAUACGAUAUCCAGUCAUUCACAGACACCGUCUAUAGACAAGCCAACAACAUCAAUAUGUUGAAAGAUGGGAUGAAGAUUGAAGCAACUCAUGUGAAGAAGAAGCAGCUUCAUCAGUAUCUUCCUGCUGAAUUGGUGCAGAGGAAAAAGAGGAGCAUAGCGGAAUUGAAUCGCAGCUCGAAUGGAGGGAGCUCAAAGAGGAUCUCUCUGGACAGCAGUCACCUGGACAGUUCAAGAGACACAGACUCAGGGACUCCCUUCAACUCCCCCACCAGCAAACCCUGCAAGCCUAUAUCUGACACAGAUGACGGUGUCAGCCCUCCCAAGAAGCUUCUUCUUGAGGUUUCCUCUGAAGCCAGCUCGGCACCGGCUGCGAAAGACCAGACCACGUCCACCUCUACCCUUGGUCCGAAGCCAGCAGACAAAGCAAAUGUUCCUCCUCCUCUUCUUCCAGCCAGUAGUUCUGUCUCCACAACACUAAGUGGGAAUGAGACACCCAAUGCUGCAAGCAGCCCCAAAGAGGAGCCUGAGAGCCCGGAGGACUCUGUCAACGGAGCAGCCAAGAGACCACUCUCGCCUGUGCAGGAAGACGUGGCCAAGAGGCACAAAGACACAGAGCAGGUUGCCACCAAUGAAGAGUCAACAUUCAAGGAGCCGUUUCCACCAUCGUCAGACGCAUCUCGAGAAAAACCUAAUAUGACCGCUCUCUGUGAAUCAAAGGCUAAGCCCAUUCCAAUCAUCGAUACUCCAAGAACACAGCAGAGACUUCCCAGCAUGGAGUUGCCCGACGCAUCCUCACCGCUACCAGCCAGCAACAGCUGUCGUGUUGUAAAAAAUUCCAUCAAACUUGCCCUUAACCGCCACAACGUCACACCUCCCAAGGCCCCAGUAUUUGAGGCCACCGUAACGCCUGAGGUGCCUCCUGCCAGUCAAGAAAAGGGCAUGUUCAUUCCUGUUAUCGGUUCCAAACAUGUCUCGUCCAAACACUCGACCCACUCCGUUGGCAGUUCCAUCCCCACGUUAGUGAGCCGAGGAGCAGACCCUCUGAAUGGAGCAGCCUCCAAGCGAGCCCUUUCGCCCUCCCUGGAGGAGCAGGCCAAGAGGUUGAAAGAAACGGAGAAGGCCAGAAUCCACAUAGCGUGAACUUCGCAAUUGCAUCUGGAUUCAUGUAUGCGCACAGGUGGGGGCAUUAUAGUCAGGCAGGUCCAACACACAGGUUGACUUCACAUGGCUGUCACGUUGAAGGACGGGCACCUCACCUCCAGAUCUCCAGCGGUUACUGAAAAACCAGUCAAUCGGUGAUUUGGUCAAAUAAGAGGUCAGCGCUCGGCAGCCGGAGUGCUUUUUACACAACACUCAACUCAGAUAGCAGCGGUUUGUGUUUUUCCUUUUUUAAUGGAACAUCUUCCAUAUUCCUUAUCUUACUUUUUUUUUUUAGUUAUGUUUUAAGAGAAAAAAUACGCCAAUCCUUUGUCUAACUUCACCACACAGCUGAUGUAUGGAAUGUUCAUUUCCUUCAUCCCAAACAGAAAUAUGUACAGUAAAUGUUCAUGUACAUAACGUCUUUGUCUUAAGGAAAGAAAAAAAGCUACGCUUACUGUUAAGUCUUUCGAUGCUUCUAUCACACUUUUAUCUAAAAAGGAAAAAGUUUAAAAAAAAAAAAAGUAUUUUUUUUUUCUUUGUGGCUUGUUCAAAAGGUGUUUCCGCCGCUAAUGAUUGAUUUCUUUUGAAACACUGUAGUUUAGAUGAAGCAGCAGUGAUUUAUUGGAGUUUUGCUUGGAUUUGACAGAAAUCCCAACCAUAGUUCUUUGGACCACUGAAAAGGAUUCCAGGUUUGUAUCAGUCUUUUAAGUGUGCAAUUUUUGUUUUCCAAAAACGGGCCCAGCAGCGCUUUUCAAAGUACUUGCUAAGUUGUUACACAUGACAGUUGGGAAGAUCGGGCUUUCUGCAGUGAUAAAAUUGUUUAGCUCUGGGAGUUACCUGUUUGUCAUUUGCCACAAACUGAACAAAAACAAGAGUUUAUUUUUGUUGGGUCCCCCCCACCCCGGUUUGCUUCAACCUGAGGGUUGAUGUUGCGCUAAACAGAACAAAGCGACUGUUGCUCCUAAACAUGUGCUGCACUCAGUCACCAUCCCAGCCGGCCUUUCGGUCUUUGGGCAGGCUACACACACACACACACAAACGCUUCAUAGCGCCCCAAUCUGGAGCUACCUUUUGACUUCCCUGCCAGUGAAGCAAAGGUUUGUGAUGCUUGGUGAAAACUGGUUCAAAGCUUUGCAAUUUGUUGUGCUAGUUUGCGUGUAUGCAUGUGUGUGAUUGAGUGUGUGUGCACGCAUGUGUGCGUGCAUGCAUGGAAGCAUAUAUGGUUGAUUUGGAGAGAGACAAAAUUCCCUUUGUUUUGGGUAAUAACCCUUUGCGCCUCCUGUGGAGGUUCUUAAAAGGCAUCAGGAGACUUUUUUUGGUUUUGUCCCCCAUCUCCCCUGCCAUCACAAUCUGAUGUUUGGUUGAUUACAGCACAAAAUGCGACGUGAACAAUUCGUGCUGCGGCAUUUAUAACCAAAAGAGCAGUUAUUGUUUUGUCACGGGCUCUUGUUCCAGCAUCAGAUUCCCAUACCCUAAGAUGUACAGGUUUUUUUUGUUUGUUUUCCAACAAAAUAUCACACGCUUCAUUAUUGGGGGUUUUCUUAUUCAUUAAUUUAUAUUUGCAUAUUUGUACCAUUUGAUUUUUUUUUUUCUUUUUUUUUUUUUUUAAAUAGAAUUCAUAUUAGGUAGGUACUUUUGAACAAAAAAACUGCGCCACUCCGUUUCAGACAACUGUUUUUGCUGUUCAGAAACAUUUAACAAAAAAAAAGUCAUAUAGAUGUUUGUUUCUAAAGUGUAUUUAAAGGGUAUUUUUGUAUGUGUUAUCACGUCAUUUAAUUGAAUCUGUACAACCAUUAAACCCCCAAAACGAUACAAA